UUUUCUCAUGAUCUAGGUAACCAAAAGGGCUAUAGUCCGUAGAAGUCAAACACUCGAAUGAGAGAAAAUGAUCCUGAGAAACCUUCCAAUACUCCCAUGCAUCACAAACACCCCCAAUCCUAAACAAUCCACCAGAAACCCAACUCACUCCCUCUCUCUCUCAUCUCCCCUCUUUCAACCCACACCCCCUAAUGCCACUAACCAACGAGGAAGGCUACCUACACACCUUUCCACCAGUGUGUAUGGAGUCGUUCGAUACACGUGCGUUCACAUACAUUGUCGUGCUUCUUCUUUUUCUUCUUCCUACAACAUUCCCAAACAACCUCAUUUCAUUCUCGAACUCUUCAUUCUAUUCAUAUUCUCUCUCACUCUCCUCUGCCUCCGCCUCGCCUCCAGUGUCCUGUUGCCCAAUUUUCCCCACCGGUGGCAUCAACUGGUCGCGUUUUCGGAACAGGCUGAAGCCCAGUUUGGCCAUUACCCUUCUCAUUUAUGGCAAGCUGUUGUGGCCUACGAAGACCGAAGGUUCUUUCGCCAUUUUGGGAUUGACCCAGUUGGUAUUGGCCGCGCUGUGUUCUCCUUCUCGGCCCGUGGUGGCGGUAGCACUAUAACCCAACAGCUUGUGAAGAACACAUUUUUGAAGAAUGAGCGCACAUUCUCGAGGAAAGUUGUGGAGAUGCUGUUGGCUCUAGCAUUAGAGAGAACAAUAUCAAAAUUGAGAAUCUUGAGUUCCUACUUGUAUAAGAUUUAUUGGGGACAUGGUAUUUAUGGUGUUGAAAUGGCAUCAAAGUUUUAUUUUGGAAAGCAUCCAGCCAUUCUCAGUUUGGGGGAGUGUGCCAUACUUGCUGGGAUGAUACCAGCACCAGAGCUGCGAUCUCCACUAAGGAAUUCUAUCAGGGGGAAGACCUUCCAAGCUAGAGUACUUAAGAGGAUGGUGGAAGUUGGCUUUCUUGAUAUUAAGACAGCACUUUUGGUUGUGAAACAAUCUCUUCAUAUACGUGUUGAUGAUAUUGGUCGUGGAAGUGGACUGCUGCUUCCUUCAUCUUCCUUGGGAAAGGGAAAAGGAGAUAAGCACUCAAAUUGCAUUGAAAUCUGGGACUGGGAAAGAGCGAGCAUGAUAUGGGAAGCAGUUGAGGACAUGGAAAGAUGGGUAUUAAACAUCCAAAAAGGGACUAAAGAACUUCACUGAAGCAUAACAAGGAGUACCAAAGGUUCCAACUGCAAUAGGGCAUCAAGCAAAAGAAUCCUUCUUUCCAGUAGCCUAAUUAUAUCAAGAUCUAUUUAUGCACUCUCCCCCUCAUGUAAGAACCCAAAGGCAGUUUUGAGGAACCAUCACCGGAGUACACCACACUGAAGCGUCCAUUCAACCAAUCUUGCAGAUUUCAUUACAUGCACCAGCAGAUUUUGGUAUCCCUCUUGUGUCAGUGAUGACCGCAAUUAAGCGGCAGCACUUGAUUUGUUUGGUGUUCCCUGGUUUGGGUGGUAUGAAUUGCUUUCUCAACACUUUUUAUGAAAUCCUUUGAUCUUCUAAUCAAAGUGCUGUUGAGUAAUGAAUUUGAUCAAAGAUAUUGAAGUCCAAAGGACACAUUGCUUUCUCAAAGGACGCUCUUAUCAUCUUCAAAGGAUGUGCUAUCAUCAGACUAAUGUGUAUAACACAUGUAAAUACCAUACUGACUAGUACCUGAAGCUGAUAUGUGACACACUGAUAUUGUUUU